AUGAUCGAUGCUCGCAGCCGCGCCGGGGCCCGCCCCUGCGCCGCAUGCACUGCCCUGCGUGCCGGGGCCCGGGCGCAGAGCCGCACUGCAGACCGGGCUGGACACAGAAGCAGCAAUGCUGCAGCUGCCUCUCUCCUAGCGCUGAGCACGGCUGAUAUAACAUGGGGUGUCCCAGCGGCUGGCCGGGGGCUGCCUUUGCCCUCCUGCUGCUACUGCUGCUCAGCCUCCUGGCGCUCUGCUUAGCAGCACUGGAGGAGCUGGGCCCCACCACUGACAGGCAGCCGCGCACAGCGUGCACCCUGCAGGAGGGGGAGAGUCGUAUCUUCACCUGCUGGGUUCCCCGGCCAGUCCCCGGUGCCACACUGGCCUGGUACCUCAACGGUCAGAAACAGGAAGUCAACCUCUCAGCUACAGACACUGCCAGCAUCCUCACCAGCCAGCGCUCUGACCAUGAGCUCAACUGCUCCCUGACCAUCCCGACCUCCAGUGAGACCUACAACACCUCCAUCCUUCUCAAUGUGCAGUGUAAGGUCCUCGGUGCUGGCCUGCUCCAGACUGGGAUGUGGGGAGGACGUGUGGGGCUCCCAUCCAGCUCGGGCAGGACCAUAACCUGCAUCCAUCACAGCCAUAGCUGGGCAGCAUCUUGUCAGUCCUGUGCAAACGACGUAAACAAGUGCUCCCAGACCCAGGCGAGACAAAUCCUGCUCCUAGCUGUGUUGUCCCCAUCCCUCCUCCCCAUCUCACUGCCUGUUUUUUACACAGAUAAGCCAGAGAUCCUGCAGGAAGAUGUCCACUACCAGCAGGUUGAGAGCACUGGCCUUCUCCUGGUGCUCUUUGUGCUGGUGCAAGCCAACCCACCUGCCAGCAUCACCUGGGUGGACCAGGAUGGGCAUGUGAUGGCCAACACCUCCAAGUUUCUCCUCCUGGGUGCCAACCACUCACUCCACAUCCAUCUCAGCUGCACAGCUGGAAACCUCUCCAUCAGUGCAGCCAACAGUGUGGGCAUCACCACUGCCUCCCUCCUGCCCACAGGUCUGCUGGAUGCCCGUGUGGAGCUGCCUGUCCUGGGUGUUGCCAUUGGAGCAGCCCUGGCCCUAGCUGCCCUGCUCAGCCUGGGCUCCUGUGCUGCCUGCCUGGCAUGCCGCUUGCCCCAGCUUGUGCAAGGUCCAGGGCAAGCAGGAGGGAACAGCCCACCCAGCCGAUGCUCCCAUUGCAGCAGCUCUGAGCCCCCGCAGCCUCGGGGCACACGUCUGCCCCGCCAGACCCAGUCCCUGCCACCCAACCUGUGCCUCGGUGACCUUGCACAGGAAGAUGGAGCUUCCCCCAAGGAUGUGGGAGCUGGUGCUAGGGGAGAAGAAAGUGCCCUGCUGGGACUGGAAAACUCCCUGGUCCUCAGCAAGCUUGGUAAGGGAAGCAGGCGGGCAAGCAGCCCUAAAAGAUGGGUUGUGGGACAUGGAGCUCCAUGGCUGCCCCAACAGGCAAUGAGUUCUUUGUCUUGCAGGUUUUGUCCAGCUCCCAGUAUCUGGGCGCAUCUACAAAGUGCCCAGCAUGAGCAGUGAUGAGAUCUGGCUGUGAGCUGCAGUGGUGCUGGCGAGCCAGGGCUGCCCGGCACAGCCCCGGAGCCAAGCGGCUGCGGGGGCCAGGAAGGCCGUGAUGGGAAGCAGCAGCUGACCCGCCCCAGCUCUGUGCAUCAAAAUGCAUCAAAACUGUUUAUAGCCAGGCUCUAGCACUGUGACUCCUCUGGUAAAGCCAAGCACCAGCUUUGCUUUAGCAGGUUUGUGACUUGCUGCAUGAUCCUCCUUGCCCCUGUCCCUGCUGCUGUGGCAGACAGGUGGGAGGUCAGUGGAGCAGGGGCUAAGAAGAGCCAUCCCAACAGCAAUAAACUGAAUUUAAGCAUC